CUGGGCUCUCCGUCAGACUUCUCCACAGCUGGUGAGCACUGUUUGUCCGCAGAGGCCUUUAAACUCAAAGAUCAGAGACCAUGGGAGAGUGGGGAUUUCUGUCCUCUCUGCUGAAUAAGGUCCAGUCCCACUCCACCGUCAUCGGGAAGGUCUGGCUCACGGUGCUGUUCAUCUUCAGGAUCAUGAUCCUCGGAGCCGGAGCAGAGAAGGUGUGGGGUGACGAACAGUCCCAAAUGAUAUGCAACACCAAACAGCCUGGCUGUAAGAACGUCUGCUACGACCACGCCUUCCCCAUCUCACACAUCAGAUUCUGGGUCCUCCAGAUCAUCUUCAUCUCAUCACCGACGCUCAUCUACCUCGGACACGUCCUGCACGUCAUCCACGAAGAAAACAAGCUGAGAGAACAUAGGAGCGACAUCGUCAAAGUUCCCAAGUACUCUGACGACAGCGGCCAUGUCCAGAUUAAAGGCGACCUGCUGGGGAACUACAUGACCUCCAUCAUUUUUAGAAUCCUUUUGGAGGUAGGGUUCAUUGUUGGGCAGUAUUAUCUGUACGGGUUCAUCAUGGACCCGAGAAUAGUCUGCUCCCGAGCCCCCUGCCCCUUCACCGUGGAGUGUUACAUGUCUCGCCCCACAGAGAAGACCAUCUUCAUCAUCUUCAUGCUCGUAGUGUCCUGCAUCUCUGUCCUGCUCAACGUAACGGAGAUCUUCUACCUGGCCUGUUUACGCUCAGCCAGACGAAAGUCUAAAAAAACAGUCGCGUCUACGGCCAUCACUCUUCACCCGCUUCUAAAUGGAGGCAUUCUGACCAAGAGUGACAAGAUGAGCCUCCAUGAUGCCUGAAUAUAUAAUGCCAUUUAAAUAGUGUAAAAAAAUGUACACAGUUGCAUAAUUACUGAGAAAUGUUUUGACUGAAAUGAGUCCAGUUAUUAUUUAUGUGAUGCUUAAGAAUUUCAGACACAAAUUUGAACUUUUUUAUGAAUAAACAAUUAUUCUAAUGUGCACAAGAAUAACAGGACUACAAUAAACUGUACCCCUGAGGCAACCUUUGAAAAGUUUACAGAAAGUGAGUAUUUUGUUCCUUGCUGUUUUUUGUACUUGACAAAUCUCCGCAAAUUUGGUUUAGCUUUAGCUGUUGUUGCUCAGAAACGGUUUUCAGGGCUGUUUUUGCCAUCUUACUUUUAAGUUUCUUCAAUAACGUUAAAAUUGCAGGCCCAACUUGUAAUAUUUUAGUAACAAAUCAAUCUUGUUUUCCCUGUUUUGUAUUUGAAUAUGAUUGUAUGUGCCUUGUGUUUGAGUAUAUUGUAAAAAGGAGUCAAACAAUGUUUAUUAAAAUAUUCUUUUGUCAAAAACUG